AUGCAUCUGUUUGUCAAUUUUCUGGAAUCAGGUUAUGAGAAAGUUUUUGCCUUUUCAAUCUUUGAGGGACUGAUGUGUGAAGGAUCAUUUGUAUGUGAAAUUGUGAAGCCAGUUGUAGACCCCGAAAUGGCCAAAUCUUCAUCGAAUCCUGUAGUUGAAUUGAAUGGAGAGGAAUUCUGGCCACUUUCUGGGAAACCAUACUUUGACGUCAUACUCACGAAAUCACAUGUGAAACCCAUUUACCAACUGGGGAUCCCAGCCAAACUUGAACCAGUACUACCCUCUGGUUCAAUACAUACAGUUCUCACAUUUGGGGGUAAGAGUUGGGAGAUGACCUAUAAUGGAGAAAAACGUCAUAAACAAUUCGAUCGAAAGUCAUGGGGAGCAUUUGUCGAUGAAAACAAUUUGAAGGCUGGAGAUGGAUUGGUGUUUGAACUCAAGGAGUGCAAUAGCACACAAAUAGGAUUCAGAGUCCAAAUCCUGAGAGGUGACAUCCCUGACGAACUUCUAGAGAAGGCCAACCGUGAGGCAGAGAAACCCAUUGUCAUACAAUGA